AACGUUUUAUAGAAGUUUACGGUGAGGUUCUGUCGAAACUCGCUGACUCCCAUAUCACGACUAGCACUCUUUAGCUGCUUGUGUACAUAAUUAUUCCCCCUCCUCUCUCAUUUUUUUCCCGACAACUGCCGCAGCUUAUCAGACAUAUCUAGCUGUGAAAGAACAUAGCCAUUUCUUAGUAAUAAUAUCAUUUCCGGUUGAGUUGACCGUAACUUGAGGAACUCAUUUUGUCGAAGCGUUUUAGUGAUGCGUUGGAACGGAGGCUAUAAACGUGUAGAAUUCGAAUCGAUAUAUAUAACAAUGUGGAAAACACUUCUCUUGGGGGCGAUUUUCCUUUGCUGUUAUCCAGUCAUUGAGGGCAAACCAAGGCAGAGUGGCUGCCCCAGAACAAAUAAGGUACGAUUCUGUGGCAAGACCUGCUCGACUGACGGAGAUUGCCGAGGAAAUAGAACAUGUUUAUGUGAUGGAGACUGUGGAAUGAUUUGCGUUAAAAACAACCUCAGAUGUGAAAACUUACCUAAGGUAAAAAAUGGUCGUUCUAGCUUCAGCAACGGCAGCUACUUUCGCAGCGUGGUGACAUAUGAGUGUAAGAAAGGGUAUAGACUCCGCGGCUCGGUAGAACGAACUUGUAGAGCCACAGGAAAAUGGGAUGGAGCGAAAGCGAGAUGCAGAACCUUGUGUCAGAAUCCAGGACACAUCUCUUUUGGAAACAGACGAAUUGAACAUAUUAAGGGUGUGAAGUAUAUUCAUUUCUGGUGUUUUGAUGAAGACAUGUUUAAAAUGGUAGGAACUCCUCGAAUACGGUGCCAGGAAAACGGACAAUGGAGUGCUCCAAAGCCAAAAUGCAUUCAUUCACCUCCCUUAUGUGACAAGCCGAACAUCCCAGACGAAGCUGCUGUUAUCUACCCUCGGUCAAUGGAUAGGGAAUUCAAAUACGGUGACAGAGUGCUAUUGAAAUGCAAGGAAGGAUAUUUUAAGUCAGGACUUGGUGUUUACCAAUGUAAGAAAGGCAACAGGUGGAGUGGAGGCAUCACCUGCUCACCUAAAAACUGUGGCCGCCCAAACGAUAUCCCUAACGGAAAGAUCAUAGGAUACGUAUAUUCCUUUAAAGAAAAGAUCAGAUACGAGUGCAAUGAAGGCUACAAUCUUAAAGGACCAUCUUAUAGAACAUGCCAGGCUAACGAGAAAUGGGGCGAUAAAGACCCUAUUUGUGAAGUUGUGGAUUGUGGCCCCUUACAAAAGCCAGAUCAUGGAGAUAUAAUAGAGCAAGUAGCGUUUACCUAUGGAAAUAGAAUAGUGUUCGACUGCACAGAGACGGGUUAUGAGAUGAAAGGAUCAAGAGUAAGGACAUGCUUAAGUGAUGGAACAUGGAGUGGCUCUCUUACAACAUGCGAAGCACCAUGUGCUAGGCCCACCAUACCUGUGAAUGGCAAAAUAGUUGGAAAUAUCUUCAGUCAUGGAAAAUCUGUAAACUUUUACUGUGAUUCUGGCUAUAAAAGAGUUGGCGCCCGUUCGAUUAAAUGCGAUGAUGGUAAAUGGGAUAAGCCGUCUCCAGUCUGCAAAGGCAUUUGCUCAACACCGAGAGAUCCACAGAACGGAAAAUUGCAUCAGAAGGUGCCCCCAGAACGUUUCCUUGACGGAGAUGAAGCAAAAUUCUUUUGCAACAGCGGUUAUGACUUGAUUGGUAAAAAGAAACUUCGUUGUGUUGGAAAAGUGUGGGAUUCCAGCGAGCCUGAAUGUAAAGUGCAAGACUGCAAACCCCCAACUAUUCCUAUAAACGCGAGGAUUUCAAAUCCGAGCAAUAAAUACCAUUCUGGUUAUAAAGUCACAUUCAAAUGUAAUGAAGGUUACAACCAAGAAGGGAUAGCAACUCAAAUGUGUUUCCUUGGUUCGUGGACCGUGCUGCCUUUCAAAUGUACAGGUGCGUGCAAUGCCGUCCUGGGAAUGCACAACAAGAAAAUUCAAGACAGCAGCAUCACAGCAUCGUCGCAAUUAAGUCUAAACCAUGUUCCUUCCCUUGCGCGCCUUGACAGUGUGCAGGGGGCCUGGUGCUCGGCUCCAACCGACAAUCUGACCUACAUAGAAAUACUGCUGAGCGAGGAAAAGUUUCUUACUUUGAUUAAGACGCAGGGAAGCAAAAAGGACUUAAGAUGGGCAACGAAGUACGAAAUUCAAUACCAGAAGGAUGGACAAUGGAUCGUUUACAGGAAAACGGACGGAACCCGGACAUUUGAUGGAAAUGUUGGCGUAACAUCCUUAAACGCUAUCGCGCUCCAACCUCGAAUUAGAACACGUUCAGUCCGUAUCUACCCAAAGUUUCCAUUAUCUUUGGAUGGCGAUGCGUCUCUUAUGAAUGUUUCCUGUCUCCGACUGGAAUUAUACGGCUGCUCUGCCCCUGUUGAUGGCUCGUGGGGCGCGUGAGUAGUAUAGAAAGUUGGCGUUGCGAGAUCAAUUUGAAAAUGACUUCGAAGUCUACUCAAUACUACGUAAAAUUUGAUAGAAACUAUUUUAAAAACCCCAAAAAGUUAUACUUUAUGCAUAAGAAAAUUUUCAAUCAUGAUUCUUGUAAAAAAAAUAAAAUUAUAGUUUCCAAAAAAAAUCUUCACGAAAAAAAGAAACAUCUGUGAUAUUAUUU